AUGUACAUGGCCCUGAUUACUGGGUCGAGUUCAGGUAUCGGUGCGGCCACAGCCAUACUGUUUGCUAAAUCGGGAGCCAAUGUUGUGGUGACGGGACGUAACGCCGGGCGAGUGUCAGAAGUGGCCAAACAGUGUCUCGACGUAUCGCCCGAUGGCUUGAAAGCACUGGAAGUGGUGGCAGACGUGACCAGAGAUGAGGAUCUUCAGCGAUUGGUGGACACGACUUUCAAGACAUUCGGCAGAAUAGAUAUUGUGGUCAAUAACGCGGGAAUAGCCCUCCGGUGCGCCUUUGAUGACCCGAAUUAUGUGAAUGUCUACAGAAAUAACAUUAAGACAGACUUGGAUUCCGUUGUCUUUUUAACCCAUAUUUGUGUCAAACAUUUGGAGAAAACCAAAGGAAAUAUCAUUAAUAUAUCGAGUAUUCGUAGCGUUCAGACGGCGCAGCAAUACUCAGCAUAUUGUAUGUCAAAGUCAGCGCUGGAUAUGUUUACCAAAUGUCUUGCCGCAGAGUUGGGACCUAAAGGCAUACGCGUUAAUAGUGUUAAUCCUGGUGUCGUCAGAACUAACAUCUUGGUAGGGGCAGGUGCUUCUCAGGCCGAUUCAGACCAGGCAUGGGAGCCAUACGCCCGACUCUAUCCGGUCGGCCGAUACGGCGAUGUGUCAGACAUCGCACACGCGGUCGUGUAUUUGGCUUCAGACGAGUCCUCUUUCAUCACCGGUACGGCUCUGGUGGCCGACGGCGGACAUCUGGCCGCUAAUGGUUUAAACGUUAUAGCAAUUGUAUCGUAUAAUUUUGCUGGGAAAGUGGCCCUGAUCACUGGGUCGAGUUCGGGUAUUGGUGCGGCCACAGCCAUACUGUUUGCUAAAUCGGGAGCCAAUGUUGUGGUGACGGGACGUAACGCCGGGCGAGUGUCAGAAGUGGCCAAACAGUGUCUCGACGUAUCGCCCGAUCGCUUGAAAGCACUGGAAGUGGUGGCAGACGUGACCAGUGAUGAAGAUCUUCAACGAUUGGUCGACACAACUAUCAAGACUUUUGGCAAAAUAGAUAUUUUGGUCAACAACGCGGGUAUAGCCCUCCGGUGCGCCUUUGAUGACCCGAAUUAUGUGAAUGUCUACAGAAAUAACAUUAAGACAGACUUGGAUUCCGUUGUCUUCUUAACCCAUAUUUGUGUCAAACAUUUGGAGAAAACAAAAGGAAAUGUUAUUAAUAUAUCAAGUGUUCGCAGCGUUCAAACGAGGCAAGAUUUUUCAGCAUAUUGUAUGUCAAAGUCAGCGUUGGAUAUGUUUACCAAAUGUAUUGCCGCAGAGUUGGGAACUAAAGGCAUACGCGUUAAUAAUGUUAAUCCCGGCGCAGUCCGUACUAACAUUGCGUACACUUCGGCCGAUGAGAGCGCCAAAAAGGCCUGGUAUGACGAUUACGGCAAAUUAUACCCCGUGGGUCGGGUGGGCGAGGGCUACGAUAUGGGUAAUGCUGUGUUGUAUUUGGCUUCAGACGAGUCAUCAUUUAUUACGGGUACGGUUCUGGUGGCCGAUGGCGGACAUCUGGCCGCUAAUGUUUAUGAGAUGAAAGUGCCAAAGUUGUUGUCCGACUCGAAUAUGAAUAAUGAUUAG